AUCUUGUAUUACUUGCACUCGUCACCACCAACUAUUAAAACUACUUCAGUCUGAGUUUGAGCUCAUAGAUAGAGUUUCAUUAAACCUCUUGUUUUGAAAAACAGACAAGUCUAGAAACCUCAUCAAAUGGCAACUUCUUCUCUUUGUUUAAUACCAGUUUGUUCAUUCAAGUCCUCAAACAAACCAGGAGUGUUGAUUGGAAAUUGGGGUGGUGGUAAGGUGCUUCGGGUGAAUGAAGCAUUUCAGAACUCAAAAGCUGCAAAGACUCAAUCUUGGGAGAUCAAGGCAACAGAUGGUAAUCAAACCACCAAAAGAAGGAGCAUAGUCUGUGCUGAUUGUGAAGGAAAUGGUGCUAUAGCAUGUUCUCAGUGCAAAGGUACUGGAGUCAAUUCUGUAGACCACUUCAACGGACAGUUCAAAGCCGGUGGGCUAUGUUGGCUUUGCAGGGGUAAAAGGGAGAUUCUGUGUGGAGAUUGCAAUGGUGCUGGGUUCAUUGGAGGAUUCAUGAGCACACAGGAUUCCUAGAAAGAACAGAAACCCAUAUCAGACUAAAUGGAAAAAAUGUUGUUCAGUGUGUUCCUAUAGUGAAUUUUGUACUACUCCCUGGACAUAUCAGAGAACUAAUUGCCUUGUUUGAGAUUGUAAUGUUUUACAUGUUGUUGAAAUCAGCCCAACUUGUUAUCGGGUUAGAUAUGUUGGCUGCAUAUCUGAUUCCACUCUGUUGGUUACUGCAUUUUUGUUGAAUU